GCCUCAAUUCUGAGACCAAGAUCAAGAUCAAAAUAUCAAGCUGUCAAAAAUUUUUAAAAUCAAGAUUUGAUAUUCUGGCGCUCUGCGAAUGUGGAACAUAAUGUGUCUCUGCUAAGAAUCAAGAAAUCAAGAUUAUCCACACUUAACGAAACGUCAUCUGUGUCAAAUCAUUUGGUUGUUUUUGUGAUUUUGACAAUUGUAUAACCAAAAAGAAAGCAACUAAAUUGAUUAUUCUGAGGAUUUUCUAAAGUGAAAUUAACUAAUGGUCAGUGAUGGAAAGUCGUGGUGAGAAAAGAAAAGAGCUCUAACCCCGCAUUUCAGAAUUCAUUCCAAGUUCAACCGGAGAAGCCAGAAAGAAAAUACGUGGCCCCAAUGUAAAUUUAAAACAGAGGACUAUUUAUGUCGAUUUUUGCACUAACCAGAGAUCGGUAAUGGAGCCUAGUGCUUUUGACUUCGAGACUAAAUGGGCAGAACUUGGAAAUUUGCUCAAUAAAGCAGGUCCCCCUCAGAAAUCUGUUGACGAUUGGAAAAAGAAUUUCCAGGCAUGGAUGUACCAAAUUCGCCAUAAAAUGCGGCUGGAUGAUGAGUACCAGAGCAACCCAGCAAGAGGGCCAGAUAGGAAUAAGUAUACAUUAAACAAUUUGGAGACUAGAGCAAUCUCUCUUCAUGGUAUAAAAAGUGUUGUUGGAGAUGAUGAUCUCAGUGCUAGAGGAGUACCAGAAGACGCACAAAAUCUUCCAGAAACUGAUAAUGAGAAUGGGGUUGAAAUUGUUCCUGGACAUUCUACAGCAAAUACUUCGAUUUCCAUGUAUUCUGACAAUUCCCCGCCACCAGUGCUGCCAGUUCAGGAAACCUUCUCACAAAUCCGUAAAACAUCUUCUGUGGAUGUUCAUUCGGAGAAUCUGAAGACUUAUAUGGAAAUGAAGAAGCAAAGGGACGCAGAAAAAAAGCAACGAGAAGAACGUUACUUGAGUGCAUUCGAGAAACUCAGUGAGGGAAUUCUUCUCAUUGCUAGACGCCAAGACUCUAAUAAUGAAUAGAGCUUAUCAGAAUUGAUUAUUAAUCUAUCAUUUGAUAAUUUCUGGCGAAAAUGUAAAAUUUGUGAUGUUAUUAGUGAUAUGCUGUACCAAAUUUAUGAAAUUGAAGUAUUAAAAUUUUGAUUUUUUUUUCUAAAUAUUUGUGAAUUUCUAAGAAAGAUUAUAUUUUUGAGAGCUUAAUGAAUGUAUUUUUCUAAUAAAUUUACAGUGCACUUAUAUAGGUUUCUCUUCUUUCUAAUC